AGGAGGCACAUUCGUCUGCACAUGGAAGGUGCGCUGACCGCCCGGGACAAGGUCGGGGUGCAGGAUUUCGUGCUCUUGGACGCGUACACCAGCGAGUCUGCUUUUCUGGACAACCUUCGGAAGCGCUUCAGCGAGAACCUCAUCUAUACUUACAUCGGCACCCUCCUUGUGUCUGUGAAUCCGUACCAGGAGCUCGGCAUCUACACCCUGAGCCAGAUGGAACUUUACCAAAGGGUCAAUUUCUUUGAACUCCCACCACAUGUCUACGCCAUAGCGGACAACGCGUACCGCAUGAUGUGCUCGGAGCUGAAUAACCACCUCAUCCUCAUCUCUGGAGAGAGCGGGGCAGGGAAAACCGAGGCCUCCAAGAAGAUUCUCCAGUACCUUGCAAUGACCUGCCCGAUGACUGACUCCCUAGAAAUAGCCCGGGACAGGCUGCUGCUCUCCAAUCCGGUGCUGGAGGCUUUUGGAAACGCCAGAACACUCCGGAAUGACAACUCCAGCAGAUUUGGGAAAUACAUGGACAUACAAUUCGACUUCCAGGGCAUCCCCAUAGGAGGGCAUAUCAUCAGUUACUUGAUAGAAAAGUCUCGAGUUGUUUAUCAGAACCAGGGGGAGCGGAAUUUCCACAUCUUCUACCAGCUUCUAGAAGGUGGCGAAGAGGAGCUCCUUGCUUACCUAGGAUUGGAGCGAGACCCCCAGCUGUACAGAUACCUCUCACAGGGUCAUGGUGCCAAAGAGUCGUCUAUUAAUGACAAGAACGACUGGAAAACCGUUUCCAAUGCCUUUUCUGUCAUCGAUUUUACAGAAGAUGACCUGGAGAAUCUCUUUGGAAUUAUUGCCAGCAUCCUCCACCUGGGGAACAUUUGCUUUAGAGAGAACCACCAAGGCUGUGCGACUAUACCCGUCAUCCAGGAGAUCAAAUGGAUCGCCAAGCUCCUGGGGUUCCAACCAUCAGUGCUUCUGGAAGCUCUCACCCAUAGAAAGAUUGAAGCCAAAGCUGAGGAGGUGAUGUGUCCACUGACGCUAGAACUCUCUCUCUACGCUAGAGAUGCAAUGGCAAAAGCUGUUUAUGGACGAACAUUCACUUGGCUGGUCAACAAAAUCAAUUCCUCCUUAGUGAACAAGGAGUUCACCAAGAAAACUGUGAUUGGACUGCUGGAUAUCUACGGGUUUGAAGUCUUCGACAAGAAUGGUUUUGAACAGUUCUGUAUAAAUUACUGCAAUGAGAAACUUCAGCAACUCUUAAUUGAGAGAACUCUAAAAGCGGAACAGGCAGAAUAUGAAAUGGAAGGUAUAGAGUGGGAGCCGAUUCAGUAUUUCAACAACAAGAUCAUCUGCGAUUUGGUUGAAGAAAGACACAAAGGAAUCAUUUCUAUUCUGGAUGAGGAAUGUAUUCGUCCUGGUCCUGCUACAGACUUGAGUUUCCUGGAGAAACUGGAAGAGAAAGUGGGGAAGCACGCGCACUUCCAGACCCGGAAGCUGGCGGGUGCAAGGGGCCGAAAGCGGAUUGGCUGGAUGGAGUUCCGCCUGUUCCACUACGCGGGAGAGGUCACAUACUGCACCAAAGGAUUCGUGGAAAAAAACAGUGAUAUCCUCUACAGACACCUGAAAGAGGUGCUGUGCAGGUCCAAAAACAGCAUCCUGAAGGAAUGCUUCCGGGUGGCCGAGUUGGAAAACCGGAGAAGGUCGCCAACGGUGGGGACUCAGUUUAAAAACAGCCUGAGCAGCCUUCUGGAAAUUCUCAUCUCCAAGGAGCCUUCGUACAUCCGCUGCAUCAAGCCCAAUGAGAAGAAGGAGCCCAGCAAGUUUGACGACUUCCUCAUAAGGCACCAGAUCAAGUACCUGGGGCUGAUGGAACACCUGCGUGUAAGACGGGCCGGCUUCGCGUACCGGCGGAAAUAUGAGCAUUUCUUGCAAAGGUACAAGUCCUUGUGUCCAGACACCUGGCCGCACUGGCGGGGGCCUCCAGCAGAGGGCGUAGAGCGGCUGAUCAAAUACAUUGGCUACAAACCGGAAGAGUACAAGUUAGGGAGAACCAAAAUAUUCAUUCGUUUCUCCAGAACCAUAUUUGCUACUGAAGAUGCCUUUGAAUUUAGUAAACAUCAAUUAGUUGCAAGAAUUCAGGCCACAUACAAAGCCUGCCUGGAAAGAAGAGCCUAUGUGAAAAAAAGACAAGCAGCCAUCAAACUGGAAACCCACUGGCGUGCAGCCCUGGCUCGGAAGGAGAUGGAAAGGAGAAAGUGGGCCGUGCACACUAUAAGAAGGUUCAUAAAGGGAUUCAUCAAUCGAGACAAGCCCCUCUGUCCUGACAAUGAGUUGUUUAUCGUGUUCAUGCGGAAGAAUUACAUCUUGAAUCUUCGGUAUCACGUCCCAAAGAAUGUCUUGGACAAGAGCUGGCUGAUGCCUCCCGGCAUCUUGAGAAACGCAUCGGAUCUGCUCAGGAAGAUGUGCACGAGGAACCUGGUUCGGAAGUACUGCCGUGGGAUCACCGCCGAGAGGAAGGCGCUGAUGCAGCAGAAGGUGGUCACCAGUGCAGUGUUCCGGGGGAAGAAAGAAGGCUAUGCAGAAAGUUUAAAUCGACCCUUCGCCAACAGUCGGAUAGAUGAAGGAGACAUUAAUCCCAAAGUGCUGCAGCUCCUCAGCAACGAGAAGAUCCAGUACGGCAUCCCGGUCAUUAAAUAUGACAGGAAAGGCUUCAAGGCGCGACCGCGGCAACUCAUUCUCACUCAGAAAGCAGCUUAUGUGGUGGAGCUGGCCAAAAUCAAGCAGAAAAUAGAGUACUCAACGCUCAAAGGUAUCUCUACUAGCAAUCUGAGUGACGGAAUCUUAGUCAUUCACGUGUCACCAGGAGCCAACAAGCAGAAGGGGGACGCCGUCUUACAGUGUGAACACGUGUUUGAAGCGGUUACUAAGCUUGUCAUGCUGGUUAAAAAGGAGAACAUUGUAAAUGUUGUUCAAGGAAGUUUACAGUUUUAUAUUAGUCCUGGAAAAGAAGGCACAAUAGUUUUCGACACCGGACCAGAAGAACAAAUCCAUAAAGAUAAAAAUGGACAGCUAACAGUGGUGAGUGGCCGUGUUUGGGGACGGGGUCAGCAACACUGCGAUGAGUUGGCAGGGGGCGGGGCCUGGGUUUUGGAACAUAAGCACUGCGUGGUCCGAGGAGCCGAGGCCCGGGCGCCGCUGCCAUCCGAGGAGGAGGUCGAGUGCCUGUGCUUGGCCCUCGCUGGCCAGUGGGGCACAGAGCUGGUUCCAAUCCAAGCCCGAAGAUCAAGUCUCUGA